UGUGGCGUGUUGUCAUUAAUUUGUGUUUCCAUGCUUUGGCAGACGUUCUACUGGAAGUAGUUUCUGGUUUACUUAAAAUAAACUUAAACUGUAGUCGCUGCAUAGUUUACACUGCACAUAAAACCAACAAUUUGGGAGCGGCAAAUUUAAGUCAUUAGUUGAAGGGCACAAUGGAGUUUAAACGGAAAAAAAAGAUGACUUACUUCACAAUUGGACUGAUCUUUCUUCUAAGUGGUAUGGAAUAUGCUGUGAUCUUGCCCACGAUAUGGAGGUACCUGCAGACUCUGGGGGCUGCACCUUAUUUCUUAGGCCUGGGCCUAUCUGCAUUCAGUCUGUCUGGUCUUCUCUCGGGCCCUCUGUUUGGCCAUUGGUCUGACAAGACUCAUGCCACCAAGAAGAUAAUCCUGUUUGCAAACCUCUUUGAAAUUGUUGGUAACUUCAUGUAUUUCAUGGGCUACUCCAAAUGGCUUUUGAUCUCUAGCAGACUAGUGGCAGGUGUUGGUACAGGUGCUGGUUCGUCCAUCUUCGGCUUCAUGGGUCGAUGCACAGCCCACGAGGACCGCUCCACCGUAUUCGCAUCGGUCAUGGCGUGCCGACAGAUUGGCCUAAUGAUUGGUCCCGUAUUGAAUCUCUUCCUGAGGCUUUGUGACUUCAAGUUGGGGCCAUUCGUGGUGAACAAGUACACUGCACCUGGGCUUUUCAUGUGCUUCAUGUGGACCCUCCUCCAGCUGGUCGUGGUCUUCAUGUUCUGGGACCUCCCUCCCCGGGAGGAGCUGGUGGGGGAGGGAGCCGGGGUGGGAGCCGAGGGGGCGGGAACUGUGGGAGCCGAGGGGGUGGGAGCCGCGGAGGCGGGAACUGUGGAGGAGGGAGCAGUGGGGGGAGCCGUGGGGGAGGGGGCUGUGGGAGGAGCCGAGGGGGGAGCCUGGGGGAGGGAGCUCCUGGGGGGAGGGAGCCUGUGGGGAGGGAGCUGUGGGGGGAGCCUGGGGGAGGGAGCCGGGGAGGGGAAGCCCUUGCUCGGGCAACGCCCAGACAUCCUGGGGUCCUACGGCUCGGUGGUGACCCCUGACCCUCCUAGGUCAACUGCUAACCCGGCCAAGUCCAACCUGCCUCACGUCUCUCCUACCCCCUCACCCCCACUCGAAGGGGUGGGUGACUCUAGCUCUGGGAGUUUCAGUAUGAGCCGAGAGUUCCUAAGGGAGGAGGUGGUUGUGCUGUUCACAGCUCACUUCGUCAUACUGUUUAACCAGACAGCACUGGAGACCGUCGUGACGCCGUUGACCCAGCAGUACUUUAACUUCGGGGAGUUGGAGAACAGCAUAAUUUACUGCAUCUGUAGUGUGGAGGUGAUCACAGGCUUCCUGUUUGUCCACUGGCUGUGCCGUCGUACGACCGAGAGGGUGGUGCUGGCCGUGGGCCUUAUCCUGUGCCACAUCUCCUGCGUAUGGUGCCUCAUCUUCCUGGCCAACCCACAAGGUAAUUUCCCCUGGCAGUUAGCAGAGUUCAUCAUUGGGGUGUUCCUGCAGAUUUCGGGGCUACCCUUUGUUGCUGUGGCCCAGGUGUGUCUCUUCUCCAAAAUCACUUCGCUAAAGUCUCAAGGGUUGAGCCAGGGGGUGCGUCGCUCUGUGGGGGGUCUGGCCACUAUCUUGGGCCCCCUAUGGGGGGGUGGUUUGACGGGACACAUGUACAUCAUGCUGGGGUUGAUGAUGGCUCUACUGGUCCUGUUCGCUAUCAUUUUCUCCUUCUCCUAUCCCCGUCUGGUGGCUCCCACUGUGGUGGACCAUUCAGAAUGCUUGGAGGAGUGUGACAAAUGCGGGGGUUUGCGAGUGUGAAGCGAGUGUCUCUUCCUACCCUGAAUUCAUCUCAGGACAUGUGCUUCCUCAAUCUCUGAAGACUCACAUUCGUUACACACACACACACACACACACACACCGUACAAGAUGACUGUAGAGCCUGUACUAGAUGAAUGUACUUCUGCAAAUAUAGUAUCAAAAUGGAAACUAAAUACUUUGGAAUUAGGUGUAAUGUACAAACAUUUUAUAAAGGUGUUGGUUAUGCACAAAACAUCACAAUUUUGUAAAAGUGUUUCUGAUUUUUAUAGCUCAUAACCUAAUCACAUUUCACAUGAUUGUACCACUGACUGAAAUACUUUCAAGCAUUGACUCCGACAAAGAUUUUAUAGGAAAUGAACAGAUCAGAUCAGAUUUUUUUUUUUUUUUUUGAGACAAAUGGUCAGAGCAUUAAUACCUCACCCCCACACACUGCCCAGCGUUUUCAGCUGACUGAAAUGUAUGAAUGCAUUUUUGGUUUUGUUUGAUGGCUGAAUAUGAUUAUGAAAAUGCAGUACCCAUUUUGAACACUGGUGGGAGCCCUUCUCCUUUUAUUUCCUUUACUGUGGUGUUACUGAAGACUGUGGCAGAGCCUCCAGUAGAUGGCUAUCCUGGUCCUAGAUCCAUUUGUGGUCUUGACGAUGCCGUUGCUUUCGACGUUAAGCCAAAACUGUUUACAGUGACAAGGAGUUGGCUCGAUGGCACAAACAGACUGGCACUCUGGCAACAAAAUAGCCCAAGAGAACAUGUUUAUGAAAAUCACACUUAUUCCACAGAAUGAGGGAAAGGGGAAAUACUAGAUGUAAUAAAAAAUAAUGGCUUGAUGAAUGGACUCAUGUUUAAGUUAUACUGUUCUGGAAUUCUUGUGACAUGGCUGUAAAGAUGAAUAUGGCUCAAUGUAAAUCCACUAUUUUUGCAAUUGAGGUAUUAUAUUUUGGUCAGCACAACCUGUUCUAUAACCACUUAGUUAAUGAAUUUGUCUUCCCUUUGAGUAUAGCUGUUUUUAUCCAGUGGUGUCUCAAUUUGUAAAGGAUAUGCUAAUUGUUAUAGUUAACAUUUAGCUUUCUAUUCGAGACAUUUUUCAGUACUCUUUGGAUACUUUUAAGUUGCAUAUGAUUUGAACACACUUCCUCAUAGCUUGUUGUCAUGGUCCCUAAUGUGUUGUACUAUUUUUGUGGUUACUAACGGGGAAGUCUAAAACUAAGACGUAGAUUUGUUUGAAAGCUAUUUGAAUAAUGUUCUAGUACAUUACCUACCAUUGCUAAACAAUUUUGUCAAAUGUGUUCAAUGAAUGAAAACGGUACACUAGUUUCUGCAACACUACUGUGUACAUGUACAACCAGCCCAGCCUGGUACAACAGUAUAUUGUGUGUUUUUGACCAUUUUACAAUGAAAUGUCAUUAAUAAUAAAGUUUUGCCAGUG